CCUUCCCUGAAUAUUCUUGGUUGUGUUUUGUUAUUGCUGCUGCCGCUGCUGCCUGCUGGUGCCAUUGAUGACUCUCUUUCACCAGCAUUGACAGGCCAAAUUCACCAGCCGGAAAAGGACUCCCCAGUCCCCCAUAAUCCUUAUUCCCAUCCCCAUCGCCACCAACUGGCAGCAACAACAUCAACUGCUUCGACUAAUCAAACGAUUUCCACCAUUGUUGCCCGCAGUGAAGCAGACGUGUCUACUACUUCCGCCAAUUUCCCCCCCUUUGUUAAUUCAACAAACGAACUUCCUGUUUCUUCAAGCAAACUCUGCCCCUCUCUCUCUUUACCUCUCACCAGAUCUCUCUCUCUCUCUCUCUCUCUCUCUCUACCUCUCAGAUGCCGUUUAAUAGAUCACUCUUUCCCUCACUCGUUUGACCCUCGUCGUCUCCGCGCCACUCUCGCUCUCUUUCCCGCCGCGUUCCUCCGUCUCACCGUGUACGGAUCACAAACAUGGUGGCCGUGUCGGGGCCGGUUACGCCUGGGCAGGUGUCCUUUUUGCUUGGUUUUAUCCCAAUCUUUACUGCAUGGAUAUACUCAGAGUUCCUGGAGUACAAGAAGUCUUCAGCUCCUGCCAAAGUCAGUCAUUCAGACAAUAACCUUGAUGAAUUGGGGAAGGAUGCUGUCAAAGAAGACGAGCGAGCAGUAUUGUUGGAAGGAGGUCUUGCAAGAUCAGCAUCGACGAAAUUCCAUGUUUCAUCUAUUAAAAUGAAUUUAAUCAGGUUCAAUUCUAGGAUGUUUCCCCCUAUCCUAAAUUCUAACCAGAAAAACUUCUGCAGGUCUGAAUUUGGGGCACUUUUAGUGUAUUUUUACAUAUGUGAUCGCACAAAUUUGCUGGCAGAUUCUACUAAGACAUACAACCGCGACCUCUUUAUCUUUCUCUACAUUAUCCUCAUUAUAGUAUCAGCGAUGACUUCUUUUAAGAAGCAUAGUGACAAGUCAGCAUUCUCCGGGAAAUCCAUUAUGUACUUGAACAGGCAUCAGACUGAGGAGUGGAAAGGAUGGAUGCAGGUCCUAUUCUUAAUGUAUCAUUACUUCGCCGCGGCAGAGAUAUACAAUGCAAUACGAGUCUUCAUUGCUGCUUAUGUCUGGAUGACUGGGUUUGGAAACUUCUCUUACUAUUACAUCAGAAAAGAUUUCAGCAUAGCACGCUUUGCUCAGAUGAUGUGGCGGCUUAAUUUCUUUGUGGUGUUCUGCUGUAUUGUUCUUAACAAUGACUACAUGUUGUACUACAUCUGCCCAAUGCAUACACUUUUCACUUUGAUGGUAUACGGAUCCCUGGGUAUCUUUAACAAGUACAACGAAAACAGUUCGGUGAUGGCAGUGAAAUUUCUUUCCUGCUUCCUUGCUGUAAUUUUCAUCUGGGAAAUCCCUGGGGUUUUUGAAAUCCUAUGGAGUCCUUUAACAUUUAUGUUAGGGUACACUGAUCCUGCAAAACCUGAUUUCCCUAGAAUCCAUGAAUGGCAUUUCAGAUCUGGACUUGAUCGAUACAUAUGGAUCAUUGGAAUGAUAUAUGCUUAUUAUCACCCGACUGUUGAGAAAUGGAUGGAGAAAUUGGAAGAAGCUGAAACAAAGAAGAAACUCUCAAUCAAGACGGGAGUAGUGGCAGUUACUGUAUUUGUGGGAUAUAUGUGGUAUGAAUAUAUUUACAAGAUGGACAAGGUAACCUACAACAAGUUCCACCCAUACACAUCAUGGAUUCCCAUCACUGUAUACAUUUCCCUGAGGAAUUUCACUCACCAGCUCCGGGGUUGCUCUUUAACUCUCUUUGCCUGGCUUGGGAAGAUAACUUUGGAAACAUAUAUCUCACAGUUCCAUAUCUGGUUGAGAUCCAACAUGCCCAAUGGACAGCCUAAGUGGCUUUUAUCAUUCGUCCCAGGAUACCCAUUGUUGAAUUUCAUGCUCACAACUGCCAUUUACGUCCUGGUUUCCCAUCGGCUUUUUGACUUAACAAACACAUUGAAGUCGGUUUUCGUCCCAACGAAAGAUAACCGACGGCUUUUCUACAAUGUUAUCGCUGGAGCUGCAAUUUCUUUGUUUUUGUACUGUUUCUCACUUAUUCUUCUUCAGAUCCCUCAUUCACCUGCCUAAGCAAGGGAAGAAAAGGGGUGAAAGUAUAGAGAGGUGUUUCUUUGUUGAACAUACACAGAGUAUAGAUGGUCUGGAAAUAAGGAAAACUCAGAAAAUUACUUUUGCUUCGCGGAUCCAUUUCAGAGGACAAAGGGGAUAAAGAUGAAAGCAUAUUCUUUACGACGAACUUUGGGGAGAAGAAGAGGAAACCCUUCUAUUUUCCUAACAGUGUUUGAAGUUGGAGCUGAGGAUUGUGCUCAAAAUUCUGAAGACUGGCUUAGUGGCGUUACUGGCUCGAGACGAGACAAGAUGGAGAUUCUCUUCCUUACUUUUUUUCCUUUAGAUCCCCAAUUUUGUGUAGGAAAAUCCAGAUUACCUUGUUUGUCAUUAACCCGCAACACACAUGUACUCAAAAUUAUUCAAUACAAUUUCGAAAAUUUUACAGAAAGUCAUAUUUAGUGAUAUGAGGAUGAUAGUGUCCAUGUUACACUUUGCUGCAAACAAAACCCUAUUACAGACUACAGAAUGUCAUCUGACAAAGCUCACAGUCAGCUACAAGCCAGCUGUGAUCACCAGAGUCGGCAUCUUCAAUUAGCAAUAACAUAGUUCAUAAUUCUAAGUUUUUUACAUGUUCUUC